CCCAACCUUGCAAACAAUCCAGAAUCAUUUCUAGGUUAAGUUAGACAUUCAUAUUUUUCUCCGAUUAUUUCUCAAGUUUUAAAUAAACAGAACAAGAUAAUUAAGUAUUGCUAUUAAAAAUAAAAGUUUUUUUUAAUAAUUUACAAAAAUGCCGACAUACGAAAUGCCACUGUUAUUAAAAAUUAUGUCCAAGCCAGAUCUCACGGCAACUUUAAAGAGAGUUGCUCAGAUGAUUUUUGACAAAGGGGGUUUUAUUAGAAAAAUGGAAAAUUUGGGUAGAAAACCAACAGCCUAUAGAAUAUCAUCGCAUGGCCGUGUACAUAAAGAAGCCAAUUUUUUCAUCUUUUAUUUCGAUCUCCCUCCUUCGUCAACAAAUCAGCUUCAUGAUGAAUAUAAUCUAGAUAUUGAUAUUGUCAAAAAUCAAAUAAUUACACAAAGUACUACAAAACCUUUCGAGUGCACAUUGGAUGAGGAAAUGUUACCAGCACCUUAUAGACCUAGUGUUCAAAAGUUGAUGAAAAUUGCUGAAGAAGCGGACAAAAAGAAAAACAAAUAUAAAUUCAAAUAUAAUUCUGGACUCUCGUACUAUCCUUUCCAAAGGUAAUUCAUUUUACUGUUUUUUUUUAUAAACUAGUAGAGUAUAUAUUGUUUAUAUUAAUAUGAAAUAAAUAUUGCAAAAAAGAAA